GAGAACGAGCAGGAAAAAGAGGAGGCAGGAGAACGAGACAGAGACGGAGAGCGGGAGAAAGAAGGAGAGCAAACAACCGAGGACGAAAAAGACAGAACCGAGAGAGAGAAAGACGCGAGAGACCGGGCAGACGAAGACGCAGGAGACGAGGGACAGGGAGACAGCGCAGAGAGGGGAGGAACGGAGAGAGAAAAAGAGGAGACGCAGGCAGACGCGGGAGAGGCGGCAGGCAAGGCCAACAAAGGAGGGAACGCCCCACCAGAGGCACAGGAGAGGGACGACGCGACAGGCGCACGAAGACCCAAGAAACGAGCAAAAGGGAGACAGGAGGAAAGGGGUGAGAUUGGAACAUUUCUUCUAACGCAGAAGAAUACCAUCAUCAUUCUGUUGCCGUUAAAAGGCAGCGUCGCAUGA